GAAACCUGGCAGGCCAGACCAAACACACAUACAAUAACAAUAUUAAAAUUUAAUUAAAAUUAAAAUAAAAUAGAUUUUCGAGUUUUGAUUAGCCAUCGGAGAGAAGAAGAAAGAAUGAUAGAUAACUGGAUCACGAGAGAGGCCAAAGAAGCAGAAGAAGAAAAUAAACUUAAAAAAGGGAAUUUUUCUUUUUGUGUUAAGUCAACAAUCAAUGAAGCAAAGAGAAUCUAACCCGAAAAUCGCAUAAAGUUUAAUACUUUGGGAUUUUUGCUGGAGAAUUUAGGGAUCUCUCUGUCUAUAUUUUCAGGGUUAUUAAGUUAUGUGGAAACAAAUCAUAAGUAAGCUUCCUAAGAAGUCUUCUUCAAAGAACCAUUCUUCCUCUAAUAAUGCAACUGCAUCUACUUCCAAGACUAGUAGUGACAACAAUGUCACAGGAAAGUCUCACUCCAAGAACGCUUCCCCUUCUGCAAAGCCUGCAACUUCUCCUCCUGAUCCAGCCUCUAAAGAUGGAAACUUCAAAGGAAACGGGGUCUACGAAGCCCUACCAAGUUUCAAAGACGUUCCAAACGCUGAAAAGCCAAACCUGUUUCUGAGAAAACUCACUUUGUGCUGUGUACUGUUUGAUUUCUCUGAUCCAACUAAGAAUGUUAAGGAGAAGGAGAUUAAACGGCAGACGUUGCUUGAGUUAGUUGAUUACGUGGCGACUGCUAAUGGGAAGUUUAGCGAGACUGUUAUCCAAGAAGCGGUUAGAAUGGUCUCUGUUAACAUAUUCAGAACGUUGAAUCCUCAGCCACGUGAGAAUAAAGUUAUUGAUGCGUUGGAUUUGGAAGAGGAGGAGCCUUCUAUGGAUCCUUCUUGGCCUCAUUUGCAGCUUGUCUAUGAGCUUCUCUUGAGGUUUAUUGCUUCCCCUGACACCGAGACCAAGCUGGCUAAGAAGUACAUUGACCAGAGUUUCGUCACACGGUUGCUUGAUCUGUUUGAUUCAGAGGAUCCUAGAGAGAGAGAUUGUCUUAAGACAGUUCUUCAUCGUGUCUAUGGUAAAUUCAUGGUUCAUCGUCCUUUCAUCAGGAAGUCUAUAAACAAUGUUUUCUACAGGUUUGUUUUUGAGACUGAGAAACACAAUGGGAUUGCUGAGUUUCUUGAGAUUUUGGGGAGUAUUAUUAAUGGGUUUGCUCUGCCGCUUAAGGAAGAGCAUAAAGUGUUUCUGGUUCGAGCUUUGAUACCGUUACACAAACCGAAAUGCUUGCAGAUGUAUCAUCAGCAGUUGUCUUAUUGUAUCACGCAGUUUGUGGAGAAAGAUUGUAAACUUGCUGAUACGGUUAUUAGGGGACUGUUGAAGUCUUGGCCCGUCACGAAUAGUUCCAAGGAAGUCAUGUUUUUAAAUGAGUUAGAGGAAGUUUUAGAAGCUACUCAGCCACCUGAGUUCCAACGGUGUAUGGUUCCUUUGUUUGGCCGAGUUGCUCGGUGUUUGAACAGUCUCCAUUUUCAGGUUGCGGAAAGAGCUUUGUUCUUAUGGAACAAUGAUCAUAUCGAGAAUCUAAUAAAGCAGAACUGUAAAAUAUGUUGA